AUGGUUCUCAUAUGGGUUUCACCUCGAGCGCCUCCCAGUGCGCCCAGUCCGUCGCCCACGCGACGCGCGCGCUUUGAAGACGAGGAUAGAGGUCGCAAUGGUGGAUCCGUUGAUGCACGCGAAUCCUCGAGAACCAGGCAAUCUUCGAGACCGCCGGACGACAGCCGCGCGCGCAAACUCUCCUUGGGCGCUGGGCCAAGAAGGCUACUCUCGUCCUCAGGGAGUUUAGACCUGAGCCCAAGGAGUUCUGAGGCCACUAUGUCAUUUGCUGCCACGGCCCAGCUGUUUGAGAGCGGACUGCAGCACAGUCUUCUCUCCCCAUCCAUCAGUCGACCUCGUGCUGAUGGCGACAGCGACUACUCGGAUGAUUUCGAGCCACAGCGGGUUGCACGGGCACCAACACCCCCACGCCGCGUGCAAAGAACCCCCACUCCUCCAAGGCCUACCCGAUCCCCCACACCCCCAAGAAGUGUCCAAAGAUCGCCGACACCACCAAGGCCCAGCAUCAAAAGAUCCCCCACACCACCAAGACCACGAAAUGUCACACUGGCACCACCCGCACCUCAGCGACCCGCCCCUGUGGCCACCGUGCCUGCUGUGCCACUGCCACCAGCCCAUACAACACCCACUGCACCUGCAGCACCAGCAGCACCAGCGGCGCCAACAGCGCCAACUGUCCGCCGAGCACCCACGUUAGUAGCUCAGGCGCCCACACCACCAUUGGCCACAGCACCCACUGCACCGACCAUCCCUGUCCCUGCUGUCCCCGCCGUCCCUGCAGUGCAGGUGGCACCCGCACUACCAGUGGCACCAGCACUGCCGGUGCCAGCGCCCACAGCCCCAACAGCCCCACUCGCCGUGCCAGCUAUCCCGGUGGUGGCGGCCGUGCCGGCGCCUCCAGCGCCGGUGCCUCCAACGAUGCCCGCGCCACCGCCGCCACGGCCACCACCACCUGAUCCGGCCAUUGUGGAAGCGCAGAAGGACGAUGAGACUUUGUCCAAGAUGCUCGUGAACUUCAGCCCCUCCUCACGGAAAUCCAAAGCCGGUGCUUCCCAGUCCCUGGAGGCUCUCAAAUCUCGUGGAAAAGAAAGGAUGCAGGUGGUGGUUCAGCAUAGACCAGACCUUUGCAUGCCCAUUUGUAACGCGCUGUCCCUCCCGGAUCUGAUUUUGGAGUGCAGCGUCACUGUGGCAGGCGUGCGACUGCCAAGGGGGAUGCAACUGGUGGCGCCCAAAAGCACGGCGCUCUGCAAGGCGACGAGGUCCAAAGAGGCCCUGCUGCAAGGCUUGCAGAAGAUGAUGAAGCUCACCUUCACCUGGCCGGAGCACCUCGAAGAGGCGGGCUCAUGGGAUGCGGGAAGUUCCAUGGACGACUCGUUGGGGGAGCAUGAUUUGGGUGGGUAA